UAGGGGAACGUGGCCUUCCCCUCCUCCCCCUCCCCUCCCCUGCAGCGCCGGCGGCGGAGCUGGAGCUGCAGCAGCCGCAACAGCCGCAGUCUUAGCCAUGGACCCGGCCCUCAGCGAACCCCACAAUGGCAGCGGCCCCGCCGAGCCCCCUGCGACUCCCAGCGCUACCAACGGCACGGCGCGGCCGCCCUCCACUCCCGAGGGCAUCGCCCUGGCCUAUGGCAGCCUCCUGCUCAUGGCGCUGCUGCCCAUCUUCUUCGGGGCCUUGCGCUCCGUGCGCUGCGCCCGCAGCAAGAAUGCUUCAGAUAUGCCAGAAACCAUUACCAGUCGAGAUGCUGCCCGGUUUCCCAUCAUCGCUAGCUGCACACUCUUGGGCCUCUACCUCUUCUUUAAAAUCUUCUCUCAAGAGUACAUCAACCUCUUGCUCUCCAUGUAUUUCUUCGUGCUGGGGAUCUUGGCUCUCUCUCACACCAUCAGCCCCAUCAUGAACAAAUUCUUCCCAGGAAAUUUCCCCAACAAGCAGUAUCAGCUACUCUUCACACAAGGCUCAGGGGAGAAUAAGGAAGAAAUUGUCAAUUAUGAGUUUGACAGUAAGGAUCUCGUGUGCCUGACCCUGAGCAGUGUCAUCGGAGUCUGGUACCUGCUAAGGAAGCACUGGAUUGCCAACAACCUCUUUGGCCUGGCCUUCUCCCUCAAUGGAGUGGAGCUCCUGCACCUCAAUAAUGUCAGCACAGGCUGCAUCCUGCUUGGAGGCCUCUUUGUCUACGACAUUUUCUGGGUUUUUGGCACCAAUGUGAUGGUAACUGUGGCCAAGUCCUUUGAGGCACCAAUAAAAUUGGUUUUCCCCCAAGACCUGCUGGAGAAGGGGCUGGAGGCUGACAACUUCGCCAUGCUGGGCCUGGGAGACAUUGUCAUUCCAGGUAUCUUCAUUGCGCUGCUUCUGCGUUUCGACAUCAGCCUGAAGAAGAACACGCACACCUACUUCUACACCAGCUUUGUGGCAUACAUCUUUGGUCUGGGCCUCACCAUCUUCAUUAUGCACGUCUUCAAACAUGCUCAGCCGGCAUUGCUCUAUCUGGUCCCUGCCUGCAUUGGUUUCCCCCUGCUGGUGGCGCUGGCAAAGGGAGAAGUCACGGAGAUGUUCAGCUAUGAAUCUUCUGCUGAAAUCUUGCCACACACUCCUCGGCUUACCCACUUCCCCACUGUCUCGGGCUCACCCGCCAGCCUUGCGGAUUCCAUGCAGCAGAAUGUGGCCUGCCCCCGCCGCCGCCGGCCACACAGCCCCAGCGCCCUGUAGUCCCCAGCGCCCUUUCUCCCUCUGUUUCCCCUCUGCUCUGUCAGUUACGAGGAGACAAAUGAGAAGGAGAAAGAGUCAGCCAGCGAGUGCAAAGAGGGAGCACCACUGCCGCCACCGCCAUCGUCAUCCUCUACUGAGACGGAAAAGAAGGAGCAGUAAGGAUGGGCCUGGAGCCAGGCGGGGGCCCUCCUGCAGGACCUGGGGGAGAGACAGAGGCCCUGCAGAGCAGGGGUUGAUGUUCUGGGCCUUAGGCUGCCCUGCUCAGGCCGGGCUGCUCCUCUCCCUUCUCCCUCCUGAGCCCAGCCUUGGAUUUUUCUCUUUGUUUCUGGUCGUGUACCUCCUGUGUCUUCUCUCCCCGGCACUGGGCAGAGACCCCAACUACCUUUUGUGGGGAGGGUGCCGGCGGAGGUGGGGAGAGGGCCUGGUUUUUAAAUUUUUUUGUAUUACCGUGAACCCCUCUCUCUCUCUCAUUAAAAGUCUAUGUCAAGUGAAAA